UGGCGACAACGCAAAUAAUAAAUAAAUAAAUGCAUAUAUGUAUAUGUAUGUGCAUGUGUAUGCUGCUGAUGCACAGAGAUGACAAAUUGAUAACUAACGCAACUGUGUUUGCCAAUGGUACCAAAAAAGCAAUAACAACCAAUAAAAAUAUCAAAGAAAAGCAACGUGCAAGCGCAGCAGUUACAACGAAUUAAAAGGCAGACAGGAAGUAACAAAUAAUUGAAUAUUCCAAGUGCGUGCGACAUCAAACAACGACAAUAACAACAACAACAAAAUAAUAGUUAAGCAACAACAGCAUACACCAAAGGCGAGGCUAUUGAUGAUGGCCACUGGCAGCAGCGAGAUGCCAGACCAUCGCAAACGUAAUACCUUUACCAGCUACGUGGCGCCCAUACCUGGAGACUCACGCGCCACCAUGGACACAAACGAAUGGUGUCUCCCCAGCGACUUACGCGAUGUGCAUUUGGCCAAGCCACGCCUGCUGGCCGGCGAGCAGAUAGUUGCCUCCGCACCCGCAUACAUGUACUCGCCCAUUGCCCCCAUGGACAGCGGCAGUGGCAGUGGGAGCGCCAAUCCUAGCCAAAGCAAUGGCUACAACAGCAACAAUCAGAGUAGCAGCAGCAGCAGCAGCAACAGCAGCAGAGCCAGCACCUUUGGUCUGCUGAGCGUGACCAACUUUAAGCUCGCGUUUGUUCCGCUGCAUACGCGCGGCUUGACUCCAAGCGCAGCGGCCAGCGAUCUGUAUCAGGAGAAUGUCUAUCUCGGACGCAAUGAGAUUACCUUGAACAAUAUUGAUCAGAUCUACACGGUGGCGGAGCUGGGACGCGCAGCAAGUGCCUUACAAGCAGCACGCAUGACUGGGAGCAGCAGUCGACGCAAGAAGUUGGAGCCAACGCGCCAGCAUAUCAACGGACGCAUUGCUGCAUUGCAUAUUGUCUGCAAGAACUUCCGCUUGCUGAAGUUUGCAUUUCAGCAGCAGGAUCUGAAGCUGAGUGGCGCCAGUGAUUAUGGCAAACUGAUAGCCUCGGCACUGGUGCGCUUUGCGUAUCCAACACGUCAUGACUUGAGCUUCGCCUAUGCACACAAUGAGCCUUACUAUUCCACGCUGAACAGCAGCGGCGUCUGCAUGUUUGCCAGCAAGAACGACUGGACGCGUGAGCUAAUCCGCUGCGGCGCCAGCGAAUGGCAGGUGAUCAGUGCCACCAGCGUGCCCCAGCUGCAGAACCGACUCCAGGCGGGUAAAUAUACGCUGCCGCCACAUUUCGUCAUACCGAAGAGCUGUGAUGUGGAGCGCUUUCUGCAGCUGUCGCUCGCCUUCUGCGAUUCACGCGCUGCCUUUUGGGUGUACAGCUACGGCAACAGUGCUGCCUCGUUGGUGCGGCUGGCAGAGCUGCAGCCGGCAUCGCAGCAGGAUAGCAAGAUGGAGAACAUUAUGCUGGAACUGGUGCGCAAGUGUGAUGAACGAAAGCAGCUACGUCUGCUGCAUCUGACGGAUGAGCUACCCAGCGUGCAGGAUGUCCAGCGUGCCCAUCGCAAGCUGCAGCGUCUGUGCACGCCCGAGUCGCCGGCGCAGUUUAUGCUGCAGGAUGACAAAUUCCUGGCGCUGCUGGACAAAACCAAUUGGCUGAUGUAUGUGUCACUUUGCUUGCGUCAGGCCAAUGUCGCGGCGUCCACGCUGCGCGCCAAUAUAAGUUGCGUGCUCCAAGAGUCGAAUGGACGCGACCUAUGCUGUGUGAUAAGCAGCUUGACGCAGCUGCUGCUGGAUCCACAUUUUCGCACGAUCGAUGGCUUCCAGUCGCUGGUGCAAAAGGAUUGGGUGGCCUUGGAGCAUCCGUUUCAGCGUCGUCUGGCACAUGUUUAUACUUGCAAUAGCGAGCAGUCGCCAUGCAGCGAACAGAGUCCUGUCUUCCUGCUGUUUCUGGACUGCGUCUGGCAGCUGACUCAGCAAUUUCCAGAUGAAUUUGAGUUCACGCAGACAUACCUGACCACGCUCUGGGAUGCCUGCUUUAUGCCCAUCUUUGACACUUUUCAAUUCGAUAGCCAGGCUCAACGGGCACGCGCUGUUAACGACUGCAAACUGGUGCUGCGUCCUGUUUGGGAUUGGAGUGAACAGUUCUGCGACAAGGAUAAGCUCUUCUUUACCAAUCCAUUGUAUCAGCGUCAGCGCAGCGAUUAUGCUGCAGCCCUGCAUAAUCAGCGACGCUCCGUGGCUGUGACUGGCCAGAAGCUGGCGAAGCCCACAUCAGCAACGUCAUCGUCGGCGUCACCAGCCUCACGCUACACCAUCAAUCCCCAACUGUUUGCUACACAAACGACUGUGCCUCAAGACCGCUAUUUGCAACCAGCUCAUCGCAUCUUUGACUUGGCUGUCUGGCAGCAAUGCUAUUAUCGCUGGCUGCCCGUCUUGGAUAUACGUGGCGGCGGUCAGCCACAGCUGGAGCUCUGCCAGCGUCUGCUGCUCAGCAACAUAGCCAAAAUGCAGCGGUGUCUGGAGCUGCAGAGCUUGGAUGAUUUACCUGAUGCCUACUACGAAGCCGUGGGCGAACCGAGGCCUUAUAUUAACCACAAUCAGCAACAACAGCAGCAGCAGCAUGAAGAAGAGAUAGCAGAGUAUGUCGAUGGCGUUGAGCGACGACGCAAAUCGAUGCCUUGCGCCAACAGCAGCAGCGCUGCUGCAGCGAAUGGCUUAAGCGCUGCUUUGCAGCUCUCUUCGCUCUCAUCGUUCUUCCCCUUUGGCAGUCCCAUUGCUGGCGAUGCACCGCACGAGCUUUAUGAUAUUUUGAGCACAAGCAGUGAACUGCUGCUAGAUACGUCUUCUAUAUUGGACAAGUCAUCGAUUAUGUGAGCCGAGGCGAAUACGCUUCCUUGACUUCCUUGGCUGCUCUACGCUAUAACUCGGUGGCCACUGCCUUGUUCCGACUGUACUGUUUAUUAUAUGAAAGCUGAAAUUUGGAAGUAUUACAAAUUAACAUAUUUUUAUACACGCACACAUACAUGCAUACCUACAUACUAUUGCAUAAGUUAUCACAAAAUGUUUUAUUUUUUCCUUUAUGUUCUUUUUUAUUACAUGUAUGUAUUGUUGUAUGUCUGCAAAUCAAAAAAAAACCUGAUUCAAUUGAUCACAAACGAAAAUUACGAAAAUUGUUAUAUGCUAGUUGUAUACAUAGUUUUUU